UCAAGCCAUGGCCCAGGUCCUCUGACCUCUGCUGUCCCUGAGGACCCUGAUCUCUGGCCUCCUGAUGCAUCCUGGUCCCAGGGCACUCUUGCUCAGGGAUUCUCACUGCCCUGGGCCUGGGCCUGGGCUUGGGUUUUAUCCUACACUUCCAGGUUUUAGGCCAUCCAGAGAAGAGGUCAUUGUAUCCAAAGGUUAAGAGAAAUGAACCUCAGGUUUUUCCCCUCAGGGGCAAAGCUGAGGCUAGACGGUCUGCAUACAUGCCCAGAGGAACCCCAGGAGCUUCCCUGGGGUGAUCAGAGGGCUGGGGGGGGUCUACUGACCAGGAAAGGGUGCAGGAAGUGGUGCUUGGAGGGGGUGGUGCUCAGAGAGGCCAGGGUACUUGGGUUAAUCAUCACUGUAGCUCAGAUAAGGCCCUGCCAGCUGGAAGCAGUUAGGGUGACAGAAGGGUUUGUGUGGCUGAAGAGGCAGGCACGACAGGGUGUCCACAGCGUGUGACCAUGCCCAGCACAAAACGAUUUCAACAUGUGAUUGAGACCCCAGAGCCUGGCAAGUGGGAGUUGUCUGGGUAUGAGGCAGCCCUGCCAAUCACAGAGAAGUCAAAUCCACUGACCCAGGACUUGGACAAAGCAGACGCCGAGCAAAUUGUUCGAUUGCUGGGGCAAUGUGAUGCUGAGAUCUUCCAGGAGGAGGGGCAAAUCAUGCCCACAUACCAGCGACUGUAUAGUGAAUCAGUUCUGACUACCAUGGUACAAGUGGCUGGAAAAGUUCAGGAAGUGCUGAAGGAGCCUGAGGGGGGACUGGUGGUGCUGAGUGGAGGGGGUACCUCUGGCAGGAUGGCAUUUCUCAUGUCGGUCUCCUUUAACCAGCUGAUGAAAGGUCUAGGACAGAAACCUCUUUACACCUACCUCAUUGCAGGGGGUGACAGGUCUGUGGUGGCAUCUAGGGAGGGGACAGAAGACAGUGCCCUGCACGGGAUUGAAGAACUGAAAAAGGUGGCUGCUGGGAAGAAGAGGGUGAUUGUCAUUGGCAUUUCCGUGGGACUCUCUGCUCCCUUUGUGGCAGGCCAGAUGGAUUACUGCAUGGACAACACAGCCAUCUUCUUGCCUGUCCUGGUUGGUUUCAACCCUGUGAACAUGGCCAGGUGCGGUGCCUCAUACCUUGCAGUUUCUUCCUACAGUAGGAGCUGCUGUUCCUCCCUCAGAAAUGAUCCCAUUGAAGACUGGAGUUCCACAUUCCGACAAAUAGCAGAGCGGAUGCAGAAACUGCAAGAGAAACAGGAAGCUUUUGUGCUCAAUCCUGCAAUUGGGCCCGAGGGUCUCAGUGGCUCAUCCCGGAUGAAAGGUGGAAGCGCUACCAAGAUCCUGCUGGAAACCCUGCUACUGGCAGCCCAUAAGACAGUGGACCGGGGCAUUGCAGCAUCUCAGAGGUGCCUUCUGGAAAUCCUGCGGACAUUUGAGCGGGCUCAUCAGGUGACCUAUAGUCAAAGUCCUAAGAUUGCUGCCCUGAUGAAACAAGCCAGCAGCAGCCUGGAGAAGAAAGGCCGAGUAUACCUGGUUGGCUGGCAGACCCUUGGCAUCAUUGCCAUCAUGGAUGGAGUGGAGUGCAUCCACACGUUUGGUGCUGAUUUCCAAGAUGUCCGUGGCUUUCUCAUUGGUGAUCACAGUGAUAUGUUUAACCAGAAGGCUGAGCUCAUCAACCAGGGUCCCCAGUUCUGCUUCUCCCAGGAGGACUUCCUGACUUCCAUCUUGCCAUCCCUCACGGAAAUUGACACCGUGGUCUUCGUUUUUACCUUGGAUGACAACCUCACGGAGGUGCAGACACUGGUGGAGCAGGUGAAAGAGAAGACUGCCAACAUCCAGGCCUUGGCACAUAGCACUGUGGGGCAGUCCCUGCCGACCCCUCUGAAGAAGCUCUUCCCUUCUAUCAUCAGCAUCAUGUGGCCACUGCUUUUCUUUGAAUACGAAGGGAAUUUCAUCCAGAAGUUCCAGCAUGAGCUAAGCACCAAGUGGAUACUGAAUACUGUGAGCACAGGGGCCCAUGUGCUUCUUGGGAAGAUCCUCCAAAACCACAUGUUGGACCUCCGCAUCCGCAACUCUAAGCUCUUCUGGCGGGCGCUGGCCAUGCUGCAGCGGUUCUCUGGACAGCCCAAGGCUCGGUGCAUCGAGACCCUCCUCCAGGUGAUCCAUUUCCCCCAGCCACUGUCGGAUGAUAUUCGGGCUUCUCCGAUCUCCGUCCACAUCCAGACUGCACACGAGAAGGAACAGACUUCAAGGCAGCGUAAAUUGAAAAAGAUCCAGAAAUUCACAGCUUCCCAGUGGGAAGAAAAUCUCAGAAUGGGUUGCUCUGAAGCUAACCUGACAAACAGGCCCCAGUGCUCCAUAAAGGAUAAUAGUUUCCAGUACACUAUCCCUCACGAUGACUCCUUAAGCGGUUCAUCAUCUGCCUCUUCAUGUGAGCCAGUGAGUGAUUUUCCAACAUCCUUCCGAAAAUCUACCUACUGGAUGAAGAUGAGAAGGGUCAAGCCAGCUGCUGCUUCCCGUGUCGAAGGGUCUGGUGGAAUAUCAACCAAAGGAAAAAGGAAACCCAGGCAGGAAGAAGAUGAAGAUUAUGGAGAAUUUCCUCAGAAGAAGCAUAAGCUUUAUGGGAGGAAGCAACGGCCUAAAACUCAACCUAAUCCCAAAUCCCAGGCUCGUCGUAUUCGGAAGGAACCACCAGCUUAUGCAGCAGGCAGUUUGGAGGAACAAUGGUACUUAGAAAUCGUGGAUAAAGGCAGUGUCUCCUGUCCUACUUGCCAGGCGGUAGGGAGGAAGACAAUAGAGGGCUUAAAGAAACACAUGGAGACCUGCAAACAGGAAAUGUUUACUUGUCAUCAUUGUGGGAAACAGCUUCGUUCACUGGCAGGGAUGAAGUAUCACGUCAUGGCAAAUCAUAAUAGCUUGCCCAUUUUGAAGGCGGCUGGAGAUGAAAUAGAUGAGCCAAGUGAGAGGGAACGGCUCCGAACAGUUCUAAAGAGACUGGGAAAGCUCAGGUGCAUGCGUGAGAGCUGUUCUAGUAGCUUCACCAGCAUCAUGGGAUAUCUGUACCAUGUCAGAAAAUGUGGCAAAGGGGCUGCAGAGCUGGAGGAGAUGACCCUGAAGUGUCACCACUGUGGAAAGCCAUAUAAAUCGAAGGCUGGACUUGCGUAUCACCUGAGGUCAGAGCAUGGGCCUAUCUCAUUCUUUCCAGAGUCAGGACAGUCAGAGUGCUUAAAAGAGAUGAGCCUGGAGCCAAAGAGUGGGGGUCGAGUUCAGAGGCGUUCUGCCAAGAUAGCUGUGUACCACCUGCAGGAGCUGGCUUCUGCUGAACUGGCCAAGGAAUGGCCUAAGAGGAAGGUGCUUCAGGAUUUGGUACCUGAUGAUCGGAAGUUAAAAUAUACUCGCCCUGGGCUGCCUACCUUCAGCCAGGAAGUGCUACACAAAUGGAAGUCAGAUAUCAAGAAAUACCAUCGCAUUCAGUGUCCUAACCAGGGUUGUGAAGCUGUCUACAGUAGUGUAUCAGGCCUUAAAGCUCACCUGGGCUCUUGUACCUUGGGAAACUUUGUGGCUGGAAAAUACAAGUGUCUUCUGUGUCAAAAAGAAUUUGUGUCAGAGAGUGGUGUCAAGUAUCACAUCAACUCUGUCCAUGCUGAGGACUGGUUCGUCGUAAACCCAACCACCACCAAAAGCUUUGAAAAGCUAAUGAAGAUAAAGCAGCGGCAGCAGGAAGAAGAAAAGCGGAGACAGCAGCACAGGAGCAGAAGGUCUCUGCGAAGGCUGCAGCAGCCAGGCAUCCAGCUGCCUGAGGCGGAGCUGAGUCUUAGAGUAGGGAAGGAUCAGAGGAGGAAUAACGAGGAAUUGCUAGUGUCGACCUCCUAUAAGGAACCGGAGCAGGAGCCAGUGCCAGCACAGUUCCAGAAAGUAAAGCCCCCAAAGACUCAUCAUAAACGAGGAAGGAAAUAGGCAGGCAGUGUGAAAGCUCCUAGGAGAGCAAACGGGAUGCUGUUGUCACGGGGACCUGUGCUGGGAGGACUGAGUCACUGGGGCUGAGCGAGGAGAAAUGUACUCUUUUGUUUGGGUAAGGCUGUGACUUUCUCAGCUCCUUCCUCCUGUGUAAAUUUCACUGUUCUCUCUAUUUAUUCACUUUGACCCCACUCCCCCCCCACCCCCACCGCCUCUUGGGUAGGUGUUCCUGCUAUUCCUCAUUGGAGUCCUCUUGUUUUUCUCUCAUUUUGCCCAAAGAGCUCCCUCUUCAGUCCAACUGUGGGCCCUUCUUGCUCUGUACAAAACUGAGAAACCCAUUUGGUUGUCCUUUUCCUUCCCGGGCUAUAGAAUGUUCUCGGACUCUCCACUGAUUAGUCAUUCCAUCAUUUCGCUUAUAAAACAAUUCCAAAUUAAUUUUUAAGAAUCAUACUGAUUUAUCAUUUUGUAUUUGUGAUAUAACAAUCCUAGAAGCUAGAACUGUUGUCACUCAUGUAAUAAGCUUAUCCUGUCUCCCUGGGUAACAGAUUUUAUGGAGGCCGUUUGUUCUCUCUCAAUGUGGUUUUAGGAUUGAAAGUAAGAAAAUGGACUUAAGAUGAAAAAGCUAGAACCUCCCUAUGCUGGUUUUACUGGGAAGUGUUUCGUUUGUCCCAAGUAGCAGUGACUGGCUAGACCCCCAAGCAUGAAAAGCAGCCCAAACAUCAAAAUGUCCCAAACAUGAAAAUGGUGGGAAAGCAGGAAGUAGACGAAGCAAUAAAUACUGCCUUGACUUUC